AUGCCUGCCCAGCCAGGUAACAUCCAUCCAGUGCCUGGUUUGCCUGUCCAGCCGCCAGUCCACGUUGAGCCAGCCUUGGGGGUCGGCUUGACGCCCAGCGAAACUGUAGCUCAGAAUGUCCGAAUCGCCCAGAAUAACCGAUGCAAUGAGCCACAGGAUUUUGUUCCCGCUGAUCCCGACCCCCACCGUCUAUACUGGCUCCGAGAGCUCAAUGGACAUUGGGCAAUCUUUUCUCGUCGCCAGAUCGACCGCCUCAAUGCGCGGUGGUACCGCACUGACCAGGGAGCCUUCUAUGCCGUUCGACUUUCAGACUAA